AUGAUUAUAUCUUACAAAAAUGUGAAAGGUGGGGACGAAAGACAUGAUGUGGGCGGCGCAGGAGUGAAGGUCUUACACGUGGAUGCGAGUGACUGGAUGGAGCGGAUGUCGAGCUUGGUCAUGAUGGUGGCUAUGAAAGCGGAGGGGAGGAGCUUCAUACCCGGGUUCAGUUUAGUUCCGUCGUCUCCUUCUGAGAUCGGAAAGUCGACUUCUUCCACGCCACUUGCACACUUGAGAGUGAGUGAUCCACGUAGUAUUCGAAGGACACGGCACUAUUCUAGAGAGCAACGGACGCACUUCAAGGCUCGGAUCAUAUUUUGUUCAGGUCUAUAA